AUGGUUAGUGGUGGACAAGCUGUGCCUAGUCUCCCUACUGGAUACAAGUUUAGCCCUUUUCAUCAUGAUCUUAUCGUCCAUUAUUUGAAGAGAAAAAUUCUGGAUGAACCACUGCCUGCUGAUGUUAUUCCCACCACUGAUGUAUAUGCAUCAAACCCUUAUAAACUCCCUUUAGAUGAUUUUAAAGAAGGGGUGGAGAACGAGUGGUUUUUCUUUUCGACUAGAAGCAAGGAUGAUGACAUUAUCUUAAUGGAGGAUGGCUACUAUGAAAUUGACCCUGAAGGCACAGGGCCGAUCACAUGGAACAACAUAAUUGUUGGUUAUGUGAAGACUCUGAAUUUCUAUCUAGGAGACCCACCCAAUGGAACUGAAACUGAUUGGAUGGUAGAAGAAUUAAGAGUUAAUCCUGAGUUUGUUCCAAUUAACAAAGAUGACCGUAGCAUCCAGGAAAAGAUAGCAAACCUUGUUGUAUGCAAAAUUUCUCAAGUUCAACCUGACUCUGAUUAG